UUCGCCGUAUUACAUUCAUUCCGGUGAAAAUCCGUCGGCUACAAUGGUAUCUCCACCUCUCAAUGGAAGGAAUUACAGUGCCUGGGCUCGAUCGAUGAAGCGAGCACUUGUGGCGAAGAACAAGUUCAAGUUUAUCAAUGGCGAAAUUCCAGUUGCAGUACCUGGUGAUGCCAACUACGAUGCUUGGGAUCGCUGCAACAGCUUGAUCCAUUCAUGGAUACUCAAUUCGGUAACUUCUACAAUUGCUAAUAGCAUAGUUUUUGUUGAAAAUGCUUGUGAUGCUUGGAAGGAUCUUCGUGAUCGAUUUUCUCAGGGAGAUUUAGUGAGAAUUGCUGAAUUGCAAAAUGAAAUCAGUAGCUUAAAGCAAAAUACUAUGUCAGCAAACGAUUAUUACACUGAAAUCAAAACUCUUUGGGAAGAAUUGGAGCACUAUCGACCAAUACCUCAAUGUAGAUGUAUUGUUCCCUGUAGAUGUGAAGCCAUAGAGCAAGUAAAAUUGUUUAGGGAGCAAGAUAAUGCUAUCAGAUUUCUUUUGGGACUGAAUGAGAAUUUUGGAGUUAUUAAGUCUCAGAUUUUGAUGUCUAAUCCUCUGCCAUCCAUAGCAAAAGUUGUUUCUUUAGCUAUGCAACAUGAAAGACAGUCAGAUUUUGAAGAAAGUGAUGAAUCAAAGGUUAUAGUGAAUGUUGCAGAAGGAAGAAAGUCAUAUGGCAGGGGAAAAAUGCCUAAUUCUAGUUAUUCUGGAAAUUCUAGUUAUUCUGGAUACAAGGGUGCAGGAAAAUUUUGUACCUAUUGCAAGAAGCCUGGUCAUAUUAUUGACAUCUGCUAUAAACUGCAUGGUUAUCCCAACACUUCCAAUACUAAAUUUGCUUCUAAUUCCACUACUCAUGUAAACAAUGUCAGUGGAGGUAGUGGAGGUUAUGAUACAGAAGAUGAUCAAGGAGAUGACUCAAUUCAAAUAAAAGAGAGUGAAGAACCAUUCACAACUGAUCAGUACAAAAGAAUAAUGUCUAUGAUUCAACAAGUUGCUGGUUCAUCAAAGAAAGUUGCAGAAACAGGACAAGUUGCAGUUAAUCAUGUGAUCAGAACUACUAAUCAUAAUUCAGGAACCACAGGGCAUGGAGGUGCAUUCCCAGAAGAGGAUUGGUUUGGGUAGCUUGAAGGAAGACAAGUUAUACCAUUUAGUAGUUACAAGUCCUUCUAGUGUAUGUUUUAGUGUUCAGCAUUCUGUUUCUGAAAUAAACAGCUCCACUCAGGUUAUUCCACCUGGAGCUUCGUGGCAUUUUAGGUUGGGACAUUUGUCUCAUGAUAGGAUUCAAGCUUUGAAUAAAUUCCAUAGUUCAGUAAAUAUUAGUAGUUUACUAGUAUGUGAUAUCUGUCAUCUGGCCAAGCAGAAGAGGAAAAUGUUCC